UCCUUCCUUUUUUUCUACCUAGUUAGGCCAUACUGUAGUAAACUCGAUCAACCCAACCUGCUGCAACUAACAAGGUAGAAACUGAUUAGAAUAUUCUCCACCGCCUUCAAAUAAAUAAAUAAUUUUAAAAAAAACCAAUCUUCUUUAAUUCGCUGUGGUGUUUUAGAGUUUUUACCUUUUCUUUUUUUGUUCAAGCAAGAGAAAUGGGAUUCAUCUAUGUUGGGUUUUCACUCUUUUGCCAAAAAAGGUCAGCUCUCAGAAACUUAGAAGCCGGCUUCCCUCAUUAUUUCAUUCAGAUUCCCACCACCCUUUGACUGUUCCUGUUGUAUUAUAUUGUUUUGUUGAGUUGAAAAAAAAGAAAAAAUAAACUAUGAGAGCCUGUCAUAUCUGGUAUCUAAGGUUGUCAUCAAGUUCAUUACAGCUUAUGUUAUGCAAGAUUUAUUCAUAAUGAUUGCUUGACCUUCCCAUUUGCAAUAAAACUGUCUGCAACCCUCAAAAGCCUAUGCAAAGUUUAUUUUGCCUCUCUUAAAGGGGAAAUACGCAUCUGAGCCUCUCUCUAUUGCACUCAUUUCAUCAAAGGUGAUUUUUUCAUUCUCUUCCUUGUUCAACUUUCGUAAUGGGUUAUGGGUUAUAGGUUAUAGAUGAGUUCUGUUUGAUUCAUACAAAGAAGUAUUUUGUGUUGCUUUUGCUGAAAAUUUCAGUACCAUCCAAGUUUAUUCCCAAGACAACAUCAAAAUCCUAUCUUUUUCUUUUGUUUGUCUGUUAAGUUUCCAGCUUUUUCUGAUGAUGGGUUCUAGGGAGGUUGAACUUCUCAUCCGGGUUUUGUCAGUUUUGUGUUUGGCAUGCCUUUGUAUUGGAUUUACACCCACAGACAAUUACCUCAUAGACUGUGGAUCAUCCUCAGACACUAAGGUUGGUGACCGUGUUUUUGUAUCUGAUAAGUCUGGAUCAAAGUUUCUGUCAACCUCUCAGGAUGUUCUUGCUAGCACCAACUUGAAAUCAAUCACUUCCUCUGAUGAUUCUUCCCUUUAUCAAACAGCUAGAGUCUUUACUGAAACCUCAGAAUACACUUUUUCUGUCCGCCAGAAUGAUAGACUCUGGAUCCGCCUUUAUUUCUUCCCAUUUGUCUACAAUACUUACAAUAUGAGCUCAGCAAAAUUCUCUGUUUCGACGGAAAAUCAUGUCCUCCUAAGCCAUUUCAGUGCAUCUGGCGCUUCUGUCAAAGAAUUUUCCGUAAAUGCGACCUCUAAUAAUCUUGUUGUCACCUUGACCCCUUUAGAAAAUUCAUUCGCCUUCUUGAAUGCCAUAGAGGUUGUUUCAGUCCCUGAUGUGCUCAUAACAGAUGAUGCCUAUGCCGCUGAUACAAGGCAAUCUUUCAAAGGUUUGCCCUUACAGGCUUUGGAGACGGUUGCCAGGGUGAACAUGGGUGGCUCAAUGGUGUCAUUUGAUAAUGAUACCCUUUGGCGAACUUGGGUUCCUGACGAGAGUUUUCUGGUAACCAAAAAUGGUGUAAGAAAUGUCUCAAAUAUUAACGCUGUCAAGUAUACUGAAGGUGGGGCAACCCCUGAUGCUGCUCCAAGUUCAGUCUACGGUACUGCAACUUCCAUGGCCGCAGAAAAUGAUCCACACAACAAUUACAACGUAACAUGGGUGUUCAAUGUGGAUCCAGGAUUUUGUUACUUCAUCCGGUUUCACUUUUGUGAUAUAGUUAGUUCUGCACCCAACUUGCUCUACUUCAAUGUGUAUGUGGACUCUUGGAAUGUUGCUCCUAAUCUUGAUCUCACUGGUGCUGCAUUUAAUGUCUUGGCGGCUGCAAUUUAUAUGGAUUUUGUUACACUUCCAGCAGUUAGCAAUAAGCUUACUGUGAGUAUUGGACCUGCAACUUUACCUGAUGUUGACCCCAAUGGCAUUCUGAAUGGGCUGGAGAUCAUGAAAAUGAAUAAUUCUAUGGGAAGCCUCGCUGUUGCUGACUUUGUCCCUUCGGGUUCAAGCUCAAAGCAAAACAUAGGAGUAAUAGUGGGUGUGAGUGUAGGAGCUUUUGUUGUGAUGGUAUUAGCUCUAGUUGUCUUUGUGUUGUGUAGAAGAAGGAAAAGAAUGGCUGUACAAGGCCAGUCUAAGACAUGGAUUCCUUUGUCCAUUAAUGGAUCCCACACCAUGGGAAGUAAAUACUCCACUAGAACAACCACUAGUAUUGCUUCCAACCAUGGGUAUCGAAUUCCCUUUAAUGCAGUUCAAGAGGCUACAAACAGUUUUGAUGAAAAUUGGGUUAUUGGGAUUGGUGGUUUUGGGAAGGUUUACAAAGGCGUUUUGAGUGAUGGCACUAAAGUGGCUGUUAAGAGAGGAAAUCCAAAGUCCCAACAAGGGCUUGCUGAGUUCCAGACUGAAAUUGAGAUGCUUUCUCAGUUCCGUCACCGCCAUCUUGUUUCAUUGAUUGGCUACUGUGAUGAGAAGAAUGAGAUGAUCUUGGUUUAUGAAUAUAUGGAGAAUGGGACACUGAAGAGUCAUUUAUAUGGUUGUGGUCUUCCAAGCUUAAGUUGGAAGCAAAGGCUUGAAAUAUGCAUUGGUGCAGCUAGAGGACUCCAUUACCUUCACACUGGCUAUGCUAAGGCAGUUAUUCACCGUGAUGUGAAGUCUGCAAACAUUUUGGUUGAUGAGAAUCUCAUGGCCAAAGUUGCUGACUUUGGUCUUUCCAAAGCAGGGCCUGAAAUUGAUCAAACUCAUGUGAGUACUGCAGUGAAAGGGAGUUUUGGGUACCUUGAUCCUGAAUAUUUCAGAAGGCAACAACUAACAGAAAAGUCAGAUGUCUAUUCAUUUGGGGUGGUUUUGUUUGAAGUCAUUUGUGCAAGGCCAGUCAUAGAUCCAACACUUCCCAGGGAAAUGGUCAAUUUAGCCGAAUGGGCAAUGAAAUGGCAGACAAAAGGGCAGCUGGAACAAAUCAUAGACUCUAGCCUUGUAGGAAAGAUUAGACCAGAUUCUCUCAGGAAGUUUGCGGAAACCGCAGAGAAAUGCUUGGCUGACUAUGGUGUUGAUAGGCCUUCAAUGGGAGAUGUAUUGUGGAAUCUGGAGUAUGCUCUUCAACUUCAAGAGGCAGUAAUUCUUGGUGAUCCUGAAGAAAACAGUACCAAUGUGAUUGGCGAGCUCUCGCCACAAGUUAACAAUUUCAGCAACCUCGACACAACUGUUUCUGCCAUUGAAAUGUCCAGUGUGGAUGAUCUUUCAGGUGUUUCCAUGAGCAGGGUGUUCUCCCAGCUGGUCAAGUCCGAGGGCAGGUGACUGCCAGCAAGUAUAAAUAUGUCUUGACCCUAAGGGUUCAGCUUCUUCUUUGAUAACCCUUCUGUGGCUUGUCCACUGAUCAACAUCAACAGUAGAUAAGAUCAUUUCUUUCUUUCUUUCUUUGCUUAUUCAGUGUCUGAGAUAUAAUUAAUAUGUUUGAUGAAGUUAAGAAUUCACUUGGGUAAGAUGAAAAGAAUUUCUUGAUACUACGUUAAAAUUAAGGUGAAAAAGUUUCUCGAGUUCUCUUUUGUACAGAAGGGAUGGUGGCUCUAGUGAGUUAUGGCCAAUUCAAUUACAAAACUAUUCGCUAACACGUUUAUGUUGUAUUAUUACUAAAUAUGAAGUAGAUUUGUGAGAACUGGAUCUUUCCAUGUGUGAGAAUUUGUGUAAUUGAUAUUGAUAAUAUUGUUCAAGGAUAUUGUAUAAGUUUUAUCUUCCUUUAUAUGCCCUGUUGGUUCACCCAGUUGUA